CAGCCCUUCUGGCAUUUAUACACGCCGAUCGCCAGCGACGACGGCCCAGGAAAGGGGAAAGGACACCAGAGGAGAGCAAGAGCACCUCGAGGCAAGGGCACCGGGCGAAUCGAAGCAAGUUUCGUGCUGAUUCCGGUCGGUUCGGGGGCUUGCUUCCUUCUCUGCUUCCGUGGAGAUUUGAGUUGCGCGCGCGGGGAAGAUGGCUCCGGCGAAAUCCAUGGAGAAGGCCACCAGCUUCGCCAUGGCCUGCAGCCUCCUCAGCCGCUACGUCAGGGAGAAGGGCGCCGCCGCCGGGGAGGUCGGCCUCGGCAUCAGAGCUGAAGCAGCGGAUGCACAGAGGACGUCGGCCGACGCAGAGAAAGGGGACGCGAGGAAGGAGACCAUGAAUCUCUUUCCCCAAAACGCGGGGUUCUGCUCCGAGGCCGCAGGGCAGGGAACCCCUGAUGCCAGGGAGAAAGAGAAGCGCCAGCUGACUAUCUUCUACGCCGGGAAGGUCCUUGUGUUCGAUAACUUCCCUGCUGAGAAGGCGAACGACCUGAUGCAGAUGGCCGGGAAGGGUGCAUCCGUGUCUCAGAACUCUGCCUUGCUGCCUUCUCCAGCAGUUGCAGCCAUUUCUGACAGCACUAAGGUUGCAGCUGUGCCAGCUGCACCGGUUCCUUUGGUCAGUGCCCAGAAGAAUGCAGCAGACAUACCCCAGGCUCCGAAGGCGUCUCUUCGCCGGUUUCUUGAGAAGAGAAAGGAUCGCCUUACUGCGAAAGCACCAUACCAAAGCUCCCCUUCAGAUGCUGCUACACCUGUGAAGAAGGAGAUGCCAGAGAACCAACCAUGGCUCGGGCUUGGACCUCAGACCACCAGCCCCGACCUGAGCUUACGCCAGGAACGCAACCAGUGAUCAGCGAUCCAGCAUCACCAUCUUCAAAACUGCGACACCGAUACUCCUGUGGCCAGAGGACAGGACCACGGAGUCUCACCAAUUACUUAUCAAGUGUUUGUGUUAGGCCUAUGAUUCCGUUGUGUGAUACCUUCCGCUCGGACACGUAGGUGGUUUGGAUGUAAAGAAAGUAGCUGAUGAUGAAACGGGCAUGAGGAUUACUGCCGGGGCAGGCUUGUUGGCUGAUUAACCCAUGCCGACCUGACCCAUAUUAUACCACGGAAGAAAGAAGAUACUGUAAUGUAGUUGCUAGAGAACUCCUCCGUAUUUUAUUUUGGGCUGAUGUUCUGUGUCGUUUGGCUUUGGCACUGCAGCGUGUUGCAAAGCUAGUGACUGUAACAGAUACGUGCCGUAUGAUUAUUUUAAUUUUAUUUUCAUGUCAAUAUUGUUAUCUUCU